UACGUCGGAGAGUCCGAGGCCAACAUCCGCAAGCUGUUCGCCGACGCCGAGGAGGAGUCGAAGAAAGCCGGCGCCAACUCCGGGCUACACAUCAUCAUCUUUGACGAGAUUGACGCGAUUUGUAAGCAGCGUGGAUCAAUGGCCGGUUCUUCUUCAGUCCAUGACACUGUCGUCAACCAGUUGCUGUCAAAGAUGGACGGUGUUGAUCAGCUGAACAAUAUUCUUGUGAUUGGCGUUACUACGCCCUGGCCGUCUCGAAGUCGGCGUCGAGAUUGGGCUCCCCGACGAGACGGUCGUUCCCAAAUCUUGCGCAUUCACACCGCCCGCAUGAGAGAAUUCGACAAGCUCGACAAGGACGUCGAUAUCGAUGACCUGGGCUGUAGA